GGCCCAUGUUUAUAAUACUUGUAGUUCAAGAACCACUACUACUGCAUCUCUUUAGAUCAAUCCAGGCUCGGUGUAAUGGCGGCGAAGAUGGCUAAACACACAGGCAUUCUCGUUUGUCUUCUGAUCAUGAUUUUGGACAUUGCAGCUGGCAUCCUCGGCAUUCAAGCCGAGGUAGCUCAGAAUAAGGUUAACAACUUAAAGGUGUGGAUAUUUGAAUGUAGAGAUCCUAGUUAUCAAGCUUUUAAGCUAGGAUUGGCUGCAACUAUACUUCUGGUUCUGGCACAAGUCAUUUCAAAGUUGCUUGGUGGCUGCAUUUGCAUCAGAUCCAAGGAAGAAAUGGACCAAUCCUCUUCCAACAAACAACUUGCUUUUGCAUCUCUUGUCUUGCAAUGGCUUAUCUUCGUUAUUGCAUUCUCAAUACUGGUGAUGGGAACACUAUCAAACUCGAGAUCAAGAAGAUCUUGUGGGAUUUCACAUCAGCAUUAUCUGUCAGUGGGAGGGAUACUGUGCUUCAUACAUGGACUCUUCUCAGUUUCCUAUUACAUUGCAGCAACUGCCGCAGUUCAAGAGGAGAAGAAGCUCAAUCAUCAACAAGGAGCCCACGCCUGAUCAUUUCACCAUCAAUUAUAUAUAUAUGUGCUUUCAUUUCAUUUUCCACAAGUGUCUGCUGCAAAUUCUUUAUUGAUUUUGUUUGUUUAGUUGUCAACAA